UGCAAUGAGCUCUGGUCCCGCGGAAAUCUCUCGCUGUGUUUCUCUUAAUGUUUGCACUUCUGUUUCCUUCUCCCAAAGCCUCUUCUUUAUCUUCUUCUUCAAUUCUACAUCUUCCUGUUCGUCUUGUUGUUGGUUCUCAGAACAAAAGAACGUCAGACGUUAGCCCCACAAAUUGGGUUGAAAAACAGGUAGAGAGAAGAGGGACCGGACCGUAAGGCGUAAGGAGUUUAAUGCGCCUUUAGAGUUUGUCAGUGCUGGAGUUGCCUUCAUUUAUUGAUAAAUCCCACCAAGCAGAGUCUUUUGUCUCUGCUGGUUGAGUGUUUAGAGAGCUUCCAGAGCUCCUUCUUCCUUGAGGCUUCACUCUCAUGCAUGGUUAAGAAAGCAGCUGCGCCUUGUGUCUUUCCAACCAGGAUCACUCUGUAGAAGAAAAUCAUGUCGUCUGUGGAAGCACGAAAAGGUCGACAUCGGCAACGUUAUGAAAACAAUCUUCGACUCGUUUCUGGAUGUAUUCCUUACAGGCUGUCAAAAGAAGAAAAAGAUCAGAGCGGUGAGAAGGAAAACUGUAUAGAAGUUCUCAUGAUUUCAUCACCAAAUCGUGAUGACCUAGUUUUUCCAAAGGGUGGAUGGGAGGAUGAUGAGACGGUUUUACAAGCUGCUUCUCGUGAAGCCCUAGAGGAAGCAGGAGUUAAAGGGACACUUAAUGAAAACCCCCUUGGAUUCUGGGAAUUCAGAAGCAAAAGCACACAGAACAUCUGCAGCCUGGAAGGAGGCUGCAAAGGGUACAUGUUUGCAUUAGAGGUCACUGAAGAGCUUGAGAGCUGGCCAGAGCAGAACAAUCGCUAUAGGAAAUGGCUAAAAAUUGAAGAGGCAUUUAGACUCUGCCGGUAUGAAUGGAUGCGUAUGGCUCUGAAUGAGUUUCUUAUAGUUAUGGCAGAAGACGAGAAGCUCCCGGCGAUGGAAGAUCUAGUGGAGUCUCCUUCCCCACCAGUGGUAGAAGUGGCAGGUUGUCAAAUGAUGACAUCAAUACGUAAAGCAGUGCCAGAUGUUGUGGCAGAAUGUCAAAUUAUGACAUCAAACUGCUGUGCAAAGCCUUCUAGUGGUCAACACCAUGGCUUGAAUGCUAUCAGCCCAUACCCUCUUGGCAUAUGCCUCUCCAGAGGUUGCCUUUGACAUGAGUACCUUUCUACAGCGAUCGUGCAGUAGGUUCCUGUAAUCAGUCAAUUGUGGUCUGUUGCUGUAGACUGUAGUGAAUUAAUUGGGUCCAGCAGCUCCUUCAAAUCGGAAGAUAGACCAAACUGUGAACUCAUAGACUGUUUAGUGAAACCAUCUUAUAGUUUCUUGGAUUCAAAAUUAUCUAAUCUAUGAUGGUAGAAGUUUCGAAUUUUCA